AGUCGUUGAUUUGCUGACUCACCGAGUCAUGACUCCCGACCCUUUAGCUUCUUCAUCCCAAGAGCCAUAAGGUGGAAUGGACGGUCCGGAUCUGUCCAACGCUAGCGGAUUUUACCGUCUCCGAGGAAUCCUAAGGUCACAAAUACACGGUUCUACUAUCACCCCGCCCCCGCCUUUCUCCCUCUGCAAAACCCUACACCAGUCGGGCAAUCACCAGUCCGACUCUCUCUCUCUCUGAUGGUGGCUAUUUCGAGAAUGAAAUCACUGGUCUCUCCUACAUUCUCAACCUUCUCUCCUCGCGUCCCCAAAACCACGUCUCUACGCCUCUAUUUCUCAUAUUCUCAAUCCCUUCUCCGUAAAAUUCGCCAAACCCCACAUUCUCUUCCAAAACCGAUUGCGGCCUCGUCUGAGCCCCCAAUUCCUAUGAGCUUUGCUCAAAAUCGUAGUUUUGCUGCGGAGGCGUCUCCGUCGUCUUCUUCUGGAGAAAUUCAUGUGAUCGUCGGCCCAAUGUUUGCUGGCAAAACCACCACUCUUCUUCACCGCGUCGAAUACGAACGCAGCUGUGGAAGAAAUGUAGCAAUAAUAAAGUCAAACAAGGACACGAGAUAUGGAUUGGACUCCAUUGUGACUCAUGAUGGGGCUAAAUUUCCAUGUUGGUCGUUGCCAGAUUUGUCAUCAUUCAGACAAAAGUUUGGUCCUAAUGCUUAUGAUGAGUUAGAUGUAAUUGGUAUUGAUGAAGCUCAAUUCUUUGAAGACCUUUAUGAUUUCUGCCAGAAAGCUGCUGACCACGAUGGAAAAACUGUAAUAGUGGCUGGUUUGGAUGGUGACUACUUGAGAAGAAGCUUUGGUUCUGUGCUGGAUAUUAUUCCCCUUGCCGAUUCUAUAACCAAAUUAACUGCUCGAUGCGAGAUGUGUGGGAAACGUGCUAUUUUCACUUUAAGGAAGACGGCGCACUCACAGACUGAGCUAAUCGGUGGGGCCGAUGUCUAUAUGCCCGUGUGUCGCCAGCACUAUGUCAGUGGUCUAGCUGCCAUAGAAGCUGCAAGAACCGUCCUUGAAUCUCAAAGGGUACAAUAUGGCUGAUUUCACAUUCCUCCUCUUCUGCUCAUUCCACCAUUGUCUCUGGGAUGUGUUCUAUCUCACAGUUUGUAUGGCAUGCUCAAAAUAUAUUCUUAAAUUUCACCCAUUUAGUAGUAGGAUUCUUACCCUAUGUUUAGGGAGAUCUUGGAUUUGGAUUUGUAUUGAAUUUUGAAAAGUGUAAUAUAAAAUUGUACUAAAGGUUGUCUUAAUCCAUCCAAAUGCAAAUCCAACAUUCGAAAUCUAUGCUCCCGAACACAAUAUUGUAAGUACUUUAAAAGUUGAAAAUUGUUUCUUUCUAGUGGAGUA